AUGGGGGUUUUGUUUGUUGAGGAAGAGAGUAAAGUUGGGAAUGAAAAAGAUAAAAAAGAGAGCUUUGUUAGGGCCCAGGCCGUUGGUUGGCUGCCAAUACGGUCAUUCCGGAAAAAUACAUUAGCGAGUACUACAAAGACCAGCGAGGAAGUAGAUGGAAAACCUGGUUCCAGUGCUUUGUAUGUCAAGAUCAGCAUGGAUGGUCAAUGUGGGCCGCAUGGGGCUCCUGGUAGAGAAAACAAGCAUAUGGAUUUUCUACAUGGAUCAGAAUAUGUUCUAGCGUAUGAGGAUAAGGAUGGCGAUUGGAAGCAAGUGGGAGAUGUGCCUUGGGAAUGUGUGGCAGUAGUUAAAAAAAUGAACCAUGGUGAUGUCAGUGCUGAUGAUUAUGAGACAGGCCGAGGCUAUGCAAGAUUCAGAGAUUCAUAA